AUGUCUGGAAAGAAGGGUCAUGAUAAGGAGGGUUGCUUUGCUCUUGAAUUGAUUGAUUUCAAGAAUGCUUUGGAGCAGUUCCAGAAUCUAGUUGAAAAACUGAUCAUCCAGAAGACCAAGGAGAGUUCAGGCUUGUAUACUAAAGAUGAUGAUGAGAUAGAUUAUGAAAAGUUCUAUACAACCACACGAACACUUUUUGGUUCAGCAGUCAAGGAUCAGAAUAUUCAGGCGUUUUUCAGGAAGAUUAUGAGCAACCUUGGUGAAAGGCCAGAAUGGCUUGAGAUUUUUGGCUGUUUUAGAGAAGAAAGUGUUGUCAUGCCUUCCCCUUCGAAAGAAAAUAUAGUUUUGCUUGUAUCUGAAAAACAACAGAUUACUCAUUCAGUUGUCAAGAGAAAAGAUGUGAUCAAGGGUAUAGUGAAAGUGCCCCUUCUGCAUCUCACAGUAACAGCCUCUCAGAAAGGACUGCUAACUGUGUUUAACAAACAGAUGAAGGUUCUGACAACCAUCAGUGUUGACGAUACUGCUUGGAUCACUGGAUGUGAUUUCCUGCCUAAUCUGAAAUUGGUCGUGGCUGUAACUGAAAGCACAAUCAUUCUCUGGGACUAUAAAUCAAAAGAGAGCGAGGGUAAUGGCUUUGUCAUCAAACCCAUGAAAAACUGCCUGCUCUGCGUUUGUACAGUGACUAUGGCAGAUAACCUGGCUAAGGAUACCAUCUUAAUGGGAGAUGAUAAGGGUUAUGUUUAUCUGCUUACUAUCACCAGUGAUGACUUCAUAAUGAAACAAUCUAAAGCUGAAAAAGAAUCACAAUUUAAAGUCUUAGACUCCGAAUCUUUUGACACUCCUAAACGCAAGCUACAUGAUGACUGGGUUGGGAAGAUUAAGUAUUUUCCUGCCCUAAAACGUUUUGGAUCCUGCUCCACAGACAGUAUUAAUUCAUUUGUUUUGGAUGACAUAAAGCGACUAGAGGACCACCUACCUGUAAAGGAAUUUUCUGUCCCAAAAGGAGUAAAUGCCUUCACAUACUGUGGAAAGGCAAAAGUCAUUGUCACUGGAGGUAAUGACAGAAUCCUUCGUUUGUGGAAUCCUGUUGUUAAUUUUAGUCCUACAGGGAAGCUAUUAGGACACAAACAUGGUAUUGUGGAAAUUGUGACAAAUGAGAAAGAUCAACAUAUUAUCAGCCUUUCCUGUGCAAAGGUUUUUAGAGUGUGGGAUAUACAGACUCUUUCACCGCUGCAGGUCUUCUAUGAAGAUCAUGGGACUCCAGAAGAGAUGAAUGCCUUUCCCAUGGUAUUUGACAAUGACCAUGGCCUGCUUUUCACAGGUUCAGAUGUCAUUGAUAUUUAUCCCCUAGCUAAUGUGACACAAUAUUCAAAAGAGUUGCCUCAGACACAUGAGAAGAGCCUCAAUGUUCUGCUCUACAACAGGGCUUGUCACCAGAUUCUCAGCAUUUGCACUGAGUCAAUACUAAAGGUCUGGGACCUAGAAACAGGAUCUCAAAUAUAUCAAAUAGAAGAUGCGCAUGGGCUGAAUACUGAGGUGACCUGUGCAGCCAUUGAAAGAAAUGGCAUUUAUCUUGCUACUGGGGCAUGUGAUGGAACAGUGAAAAUCUGGGAGUUUGAAAGCGGGCAAGAAGUUAAAGCCUUGCCUUUAGUGCAACACAGUGAUGAUGAGCAUCGUGUGCUGAAGAUAGUAUAUCUGAAGGCUGAUGGGGGUCAACAUGCACUUAUUGUUUUGGAGCAGAGAGGGAAGAUAAAAAUCAUUCAGGGUGACUCAGCUCAAACAGAUCUAUAUGUCACAUGGGUGCUUCCUGAGAUAGUGCCAUUUCCACAAAGGAAUCCGGUUGUGUAUAUGUCACUGAAGCCCUCCUCCUUAAAAACACAAGAUUUUUUCCCUGAGAUUCGGCUUCUAUGCAACACCAGCUCCAUGAAAAAUGAUAGAGAGACUUUUUUAUCUUGUGUGGAUAUUAGGUGUUUUGAUGUUUUACAAAUAGAAGGAGGCAAAUCGAUAGCUACAGGAAGUGCCAAUGGUGAAAUAAACUUGUGGGAUUUUGAAUCUGCCUCGGUGAAAUGCCUGCGUAAAACUACCGAAGACAACCAUGGCUCUGGAGUCAAUGCCAUAAUAUUCCUUGUACAUAGUGUUUCCUCUUCCAGGAAAAGAAGUUCCCUGUCCCCUACUCCUUCUGUGGCGAGUGAUUCCAGUGCCACUUCAGAGCACGAGGGAAGUUCUUCAGACCAACAUGAGAAGAAUGCGGAAAGUGAUGAAAUUAAUACUGAAAUUAAAACAGAAGAAACAACUGACUGUAAGGACACCCAAAAUCUGGAGAUGAAUGAACAGUUGUUGAAGGCUAGAGCAGGACUAUCACCUCUACUGGCUUCUGCUCAUGAAAGUAGCUGUGUCCGCCUAUGGAGUAUUCAGGGAAACUUGAUGAAAGAACUUCUGCCAUUUUCAGGACAUCCCUCAGGUCCUUUGACAGCACUGUGUACAGACAUCUUCACUAAAAUUCUUUUGACGGGCAGUAAGGAGGGACAUAUUUUUCGCUGGAACAUGGCCUCAUUCUUAGAAGAUUCACGAAAUAGAAAAAAUGCAAUAAAGGAGGAGCUCUGCUGGAGGGCACAUGCUGCUGAAGUGGUUGACUUAUUUAUUGAAGAGGAGAAAAAUGUGAUAGUGACAGCAUCCAUUGAUGGUUCAGUCAGGCUUUGGCAUGCCAUGACUGGAUAUUAUUUUGGUUACUUUGGACAAGCCAGGAAGUUUGAAUUAACAGAUACCAGUCGGUUGAUUUUGCCUUCUGAUGUUAAUGAUUUUCCUGCUAUAAUUAAAGAGGAGAGCAAACAUACAGAAAAGAAGAAGGUUAUAUAUCCUCUCAUCCUCGACAGAGACAAGUUGAAGUCACUGACUGAAUCACCUUCAGAUUUAGAAGAGGCUGAACAUGAGGAAGCAGUUCACAGCUUCAAGUUUUUCAGAGCUCUGGCUCCUGAAAAGGUUCAACAUAUGGAAACUUUUGAGUUUGCAAGCAAAGAGGCUGGUGCGAUAUUUGGGUUUCUUCCUAUAUACGAGCUUGAGAAUCCAAUUGAAGUGAGCAUGCCAAACAGUCUUCAAAGGAUCAAAGCUGAGAAGUCCAGUCACAAAGGAUGGGAAAAGGAUCUGGAUUCCAAUGAAGACUUGAGUCAAGACAAAUAA